UGGUAAUCGCAGGCUCGUAAAUGAACAAUUGAAAUGUACCGAGCGUGUCAAAGUUUAUUGCUCCUGAGGGAUUAGAAAGUAUCGCAACUUUCUGUUGAACCUAAAUUAUCACAACGCGGUGAUUAACGAGUGAGCGAACAUGUCGGAAUCAGUUGAGAAGAGAGACGAACUCUUGACAGCCCUCGACAAACUGGGAGAGGGAUCGAAAUUGCUGUGGCUUGUUUUCACUUUGACACUGACACCAACAGUGCUGAAUGGAUUGCAGUCCAUGUCCUACGUCUUCACCACGGAGAUUCCCCCGUACUGGUGUUCAGUUCCGGAAUUGGUGUCAGCUAAUUGGACGAGCGAGCAAAUCAGAAUAAUAGCUUCAGCCGGCGAGUGCACCAAGUAUGAUUACGAUUACACGUAUCUUGCUCAAGUGGGGUAUGAAGAGGCUGUUAAGUAUGUCGAGGGGCUAUCGAAUGAGCCGCCCAGCUCUUCCUGUUCGGCUUUUAUUUACGGAGACGUCGGCCGAUCUACUGUGGUUCAAGAAUGGGAUUUAGUCUGCACCAGAGCUGCUGAUCGAGCCAACACAUUCAUGGCAUUUUCCCUCGGUAAACUAAUGGGCUCCGGACUAUUCGGGGUUUACGCUGAUAAGCACGGAAGAAGAAGGACAUUCAUCAUCGGAAUUGUCCUCCAGAUACUCUCGGGACCAGCGAGUGCUGUCGUCCCUUGGUUCUGGGGGUUCAUGGCACUCAGGUGGAUCACUGGGCUCAGUUCAGCUGCUGUUGGAUACUCCUCCUUAACUAUUUUGACGGAAGUCUCUGGCAGUCGACACAGACAGUGGCUGGGAAUUGCAUUCAACGCUGGAUAUCCAGCAGGCACCGCUAUUUUGGUGGGACUGGCCCAUCAAUUUCGCGAGUGGAGGAGUUUGCAAAUGGCUAUUUCAGUUGGAUCACUGUUACUCGUGAUUCAUGCUUGGCUGAUGCCUGAAUCCCCCAGGUGGUUAAUCACGCAAAAUCGUCGUAACGAAGCGCAAAAAAUCAUCGAAAAGUACUAUGGACCGAUCUCCACAGCCCCUGCACUCCGGUCAACCCCCCCAGAUCAGCAGAAUAACAAACAAAACGACAUUCAUGGCGAGAAGAACAAAAACUUCAUCCGUGGGAACAUGAAGAGUCUGGGAAUCUUAUUCUCGAAUUCAGAAUUGAGAAAGAGACUCCUCAUCAUGUACGUCUCCUGGCUCACCUCAUCUUUAUCGUAUUAUGCAAUAGCCCUAAAUGUCGACAAUUUCACCGACGACCGUUAUCUCUACGUUCUGAUAAUGGGUUUCACAGAGAUCCCCGCGUACAUAGUCCCCUCGAUAGUCCUAAUAUUCCUGGGGCGUCGCACGGCCGGAGCUCUCCUGUACAUCCUCGGGGCAGUCUGCCUCCUCUGCAUCCUGGGGAUCCCCCAGGGCUCCACCUCCGCGAUAAUGGGGGUGGCGCUCACGGGGAGGUUCACCCUCUCCGCAGUGUACGGGAUAGUGAUCCUCUACACCUCGGAAUUAUUCCCGACAGUCGUCAGAAACUCGGCGGUGGGGACCAGCUGUGUUAUGGCUCAUGUUGGGACGAUAAUAGCGCCUUACGUGUCCGAUCUGCUGGGCUCAGUGGCCUGGUGGGCUCCGAGCACCAUCUGCGGGAGUUUGGCAUUGGUCACCGGGGUUUUGUGCCUCGUGCUACCGGAGACCAGCGGACGACACCUUGCUGAUACUGUCGAAGAGGAGACUGGAGAUGGCAGGGAGAGUACUUCCUUCAAACGGUGUUUUAAGUGCUAUUCUGGGGGGCUGACCCUUGCGGAGGCUUCAAAUUACUGAACGGAGAGAAAUAUUCAAUAGAAAUUACGUACCUUUUCUGCAAUUCCAGAGCGAAAUGU